GACCUCUUAUUAGGGCAGAUCAGUCUGAAAACUGGAUCAUUUGUUUACAUUCCCCAUUUCUCCCUCAAAACGCCCGUCAGCUCCUGUCGAUAGAUAAACGGUCCCACAGAGGGUGUCCACGGCCCCCAUAAUCAUGCUGCUCUCUUCCCUGGCCCUCCUCUUCUUGCCUCUCAUUUCAGCCGCCGCCCCGCGCUCGUCCGAUUGUUUACUCUCCGGCACAGAGCGCGCCAUCAAUGAGAUAUUCGCGACGGGUGGAGAAGGGGCGACGGUCACAUUAUGCCCGGGGUCCGUACACAGGCUGAACGCGUCCGUCCAGUUUACUGCGCCCAGACAAACCAUCACGACUCUCGGGAAUCCGAAGGACAGAGAAAGAGCUAUGCUGCUAGUAGACGGGCCUGAUCUAGCAGUUGCUAUCCAUGCGGACUGCCAGAAGUGUUCCUUUGCGAUGAUACGUUCUAUCAUCAUUGACGGCAAUCGACCACAGCUGCUGAGAAUCCCCAAAGGCGAGGCCUUGGUGGAGGUUGGAAAUGCAGAGAGCCAGACAGUCAAGGACUGUAAGCUAUACGAGCCCAGGGGAUGGAGCACACUGCAUUUCAGAGAAGGGGAUUCGAAGCAGUGUCGAUUCGGACACAUUGUAGACAAUGAAAUCGUACGUCUCAUCUCUUCUAAAGAUUACUUCGAACGCUGAUUCUAUACAGGGACCAAGCGGUGAAGAGUGGGACGACGAUUACGAUGGUAUGGACGAGGUGAACCCUCCAUGGGGCAACCCUCGAGCCGAUGGGAUCAGUCUAGCCUGCAAGGACUCUAUUGUCGAGCGCAACGUGGUAUACGAUGCGACCGACGGUGCCAUUGUUAUCUUUGGCUCCGCCAAUUCUGUGGUGAAGAACAACCACAUCUACUCUCGCACGCGAGUCAUCCUGGGAGGAAUCAACCUUGUCGAUUACGAGCCUUGGGAAGGCGAUUACACUGGCGUCACCGUACACAACAACCACCUUCAUGCCUUGGGACGCUACUUCAAGGUUGGCAUUGUAGUUGGCCCUGCCUCAUGGUCGGACGAUACCGAGAGUGUGGUGAGGGGCGCGGCGGUGACGAACAACAGGUUCUAUGGGCAAUACUGGGGAUACGGACUGGUGGUAGCUUCCGCGAAAGACUUUGAGGUCAUGGGAAAUAAGGUGAUCAAUGGCGACGAGGGCGAAGCCAAGUUCAGUGGUGUCCCUGGGAGCAGAUGCCCCAAGGCUCCUGAGAAUGGAAAGCCGACUGCCUUCCUGAUCAACAGGGGUAGCGCCAAGGGAACUUUCCAGGACGAUUUCGUUAACGGGGAAGUGCAACACAUCAUCUGUCUGAAUCCCGAUGAAAAGUACAAGCCUUGGAGGUUCCGAGAUUCGCCUGAGGCUCUGGCUGCCAACAUUGCCAACAACCCUCUCGCUAACGCCGCCAUCGACUCCCGUAUAGCAGAAGCCCUUGUUAGCUAUCAAAUGUCUCUCCUUUCGUCCAUGUCUGGCAUCAAUCAGAAGAUCGAACGCCUCACCACCCCCAUUGACCCUCUCGACGCCCAACCCGUCCAUGAGCACGAACGUGCGGCCCUUGCGGCGGAAGUUGAGAAACAGAGGAGGGAGAAAGAGAAGAGUAGCGGCAACAAGGACGUGGACGAGCUGAUCAGGAAGCUUGAGGAGCUGGAGAAGGGAGGGAGGAAGAUGAAGAAGACAUUGGAUGGCGUCAAGGUCGAUUUUGAGGGGCUGGCAGGAAGGUUGAGAAAGAACGCCGACGAACACAAACCCAUAAUCGAGCAGAUCUUCCUCCACGCGCAAACACUGCUUCUAGGCUCAACACCCUUGUCAACAUCACAACAAAAGCUGUUUCGUAAUGGACGUGGUAUGAGUAUGGGUAUCCCGGGCGAGGGAUACACUCCUCUCGGCGUGUUGGGGGGUUUGCUGGGCGCUGGUGCUAUCGGUCUCGCCGCCCGAGGGCUGAUAAAACGAUGGAGAAGUGAAAAUAAGGGUAACAAACUUUAUUGAUUUAUAGAAUGUCAUGUGAUGCGAAAACAGGACUCAAUUAGAGCAUGCUAGA